AAAAGAGAGUAUGGGUGAAAAGACGUUCAACCUUACGUGGAACAAUCAUCUGGCGAAUCUGUCGGGUUUGUUCGAAGCUCUUUACAAAAGUGGCUCCUUGACGGAUGCGACUUUGGCUUGCCAGGAUGGCAUGUUAAGAGCCCACAGGUUGGUGCUAGCAGCGUGCAGCCCUUAUUUCGAAAGGGUCUUUAAGGAACAUUACGGAGAGCAACCCAUUCUCAUUUUAAAAGGUGUCGCUGUUGAGGAAAUGGAAUGCCUUUUGGAUUUCAUGUACAGAGGAUCCAUUGAUGUAGCGGAGGAGCACCUUCCCUCGCUGAUAAAAACUGCCACCGAUUUGGAGAUACGUGGUCUCUCUGGGGAAUCGAAAAACCAAGAGAGUAACUGCAACCUCUAUACCAGGGUUGAGACACGAAUGCAACGAUGCCAUAUUGAAACUAGAGUGCACACUACCGAAUACAUCAAAGAACCAUCAAUGAUUCCUUUCCUACCAAAACACUUGACCGUCGAUGCGAUGGAGGAUCACAUUAAAGUGGAGGACAUCGAAGUGGAAGAUGAUCCGAUGGUGAUCGACGGGCAUGAGGACAGCUUCGAUGAGUUUCCGCGAUCCACGGAAACGCAAAUUGUAAAUUCAAAGGAUAUGCGAUUUAACUUAUUUUGA